UUCAAAGGAUUUUAUUUGGAGAUGACAGGUUUAUACUCGACAAGGUCUUUGAGAAAGAUCUGAUAACUCCAUGAGAAUACAACAAUCUGAAAAGCAUCAGAGAAAAUGUGGAGGCACGUGUUGCUCAGCUUGUGGAUAAAAUCAUGAAUAAAGGAGAAGACACCUGCCAAGACUUUCUGGAUCUCCUGCAAAUUGACGAGGAAAUUAAAGGAACGUUUCCUGACCUGAGCAACAUCCUGAGCAAGACGCCAAAGAUGGAUGCAGUUUAUCCACUGAACAGCCAGCCGGUCAGCCUCUGUCUGAUCAUAAACAAUGUGGACUUCACGAGCUUCCCAGUCAAAAGAGGAUCAGACAAAGAUGCUCAAAGUUUGGCAGAGGUGUUCAGUGAGCUGGGCUUCAGAGUGCUGAUGUGUAAAAACCAAAUCAAGGAGCAGAUGGAGCAAAUGCUGACCUGGUUUUCCUCUCUGACCGACCCUGCUCUGCCACAGGAGUUCAGAGUGGAGGAGUGGUCUGGUGCUGGAUUCACUGAACCUCAGCAGCUUGUUAAUCAUGGCGAUGCCUUUAUCUGCUGUGUUCUCAGUCACGGAGUGAAAGGUGCAGUUUUGGGGACUAACAAGAUUCCUCUCAUCAUUAAACACAUCACCAGAACCUUCAGGGCGACCGAGCAGUCGGCCCUCAAAGGGAAGCCCAAAGUGUUCCUGAUCCAGGCCAGUCAAGGAUGUCAGAGUGUGGAUCCGGCGGAAGAUAACUGUGGUGGUGGUUCCAUCCCUUUGGAAGCAGAUGUUCUGGUUGCCAUCGCCGCUGCUGAAGGUUUUUUAGCAUUUAGACACAAAACAGAUGGGAACUGGUUUAUCCAGUCUGUGUGUCAGCAGCUGAAGGAGCGCUGUCUGAGAGGUGAGGAUUUACUGACCAUCCUGCAACAUGUGAAGUAA